AUGCCUCGUGGUGUAUUUCAGAUCGCGUUGGUGUUGUGUGGAUGCCUGUGGUUGGUGACCGGAGACAUCAUCCACCUGAAAUCGCGGAAUGCGAAAUUUCUGAGCAGUUUGACAAGCAAGGCCAAGCAACACAAGCGUGGGAUCAUUUCCGCAGUGCCCCCGUUUAAGUUAGGCCAUGAUAUUCCAUUGGUAUCCCAUUCCCUUGUUAAGCCGCUGGUGGUGACUUAUCCUCCGACUGCUGCCGUCGCUACGGUGAAAGUGCCUUUGACAAAGCCUUCUGCGCCACGUUACCCAGUACAUAUUGGUCAUAGAGUGCCGGUCUCUCACCAUCACUACGGACUCAAGUUCCCUCAUUCCACUAAAUCAGUGGUGUAUACAAGACCGGAUCAUUAUUUCCAUCAUCACCACCAUCAUGUGUCGCCAAGGCCUGUAGUGCCCUUAAUUCCAGCUGUACCUGCCCCGGAACCAGUUCCCGCACCAGCACCUGUAUCAGUUCCGGUCCCAGCUCCUGUGCCCGUCCCAGCCCCAGCACCAGCAUUCGUUCCUAUAGCGCAACCUACAGCCGCUGUAGCCCAUCCAGCUCCAUCCCCACCAAUCUUAAUUCACUCUGCACCAGCCGUGGCUGCACCACCAGCACCGGUGGCCCCUCCUCCUCUUCACUUUUUACAACAAAACCACUUGAAUCUUAAACCACUAGUACCUGGGGCCGUGCCUAUCCAACCAGCAUCUGUGUUCCCCACUCCGCUACUGCAGUACGCUCAGCAAUAUCCGUACGUCCUACGUCAUGGUGGAGCGGUGCAGUCUUCUUUCUUCGCCACCUAUCCUCGGUAUCCUUUACUCAACUACCAGUCCCCACUUAUACCUUUAGCCCCGCCAGCUUCUGUCGCGGGUGCCGAACAGGUUUUAUUAAAUAGACCUCAAGUUUUGCUGCAAAGGCCUCAAGUUUUAUUUGAGAGGCCCCAAGUCCCACAGUACCACUUGGUACCCCAGGCUGGAGGACAAGGUGUGAUAGAGCAAGCCACGACGAACGUAGCUAUAGAACCGACACCAACAAUACACCUGCAACCUGACGCCGUUCCUCAACCAGCUGUGCAUUUACAGCCCACUCAACCAACAUCCUUAGAUCACGACGGCUGGUCCCCAGUGACAACGUCCCACGACCUCACUCCAACUCACAAUCCCGAAGCCCAUUUCCCACAACCUCAAUCACAUCAUCACUUUACACAGGAGCAGGGCACGCAGGUUUACGAACAUCACACUGGUGGGGGUCAGUACAAUGACCUGCAUCACCAACUCCAGCACCACAUCCAGCAGCAAAUUGAACAGGCCCAAUAUGAACAACACAUCAACAAUCAACACCAGUUGAACCACCAAUACGCCUCGACCCAACAACCCGGUCAAGAGUAUGGUGUCCCAAACCAUGACUUUUCUCAAUUUAGCCCCGACAACGCGUACCACGGUUACGGAUACGCACCAUAUGAUCAGCAGUAUAUUCCAAACGAUCAGGGUUUUGGACAGCAAGACCACCAGUAUGCCCAACAUGAUCAACAAUUCGCACAGCCUGACCAACAGUUUGCUCAGCAUGACCAGCAAUUUGCUCAACACGACCAGCAGUUCCCCCAACAUGACCAAUUCUCACAACAUGAUCAACAGUUUGCACAACAUGACCAACAGUUUGGCCCACAUGACCAACAGUUCGCUCAGCAAGACCAACAGUUCGCUCAGCACGACCAACAGUUCGCCCAACACGACCAACAAUUCACCCAGCACGAUCCGCAGUACGCCCAACACGGCCAGGACUACAAUUUUAAUCACCAACCGAGUAAUGAGUACGGCUUGCCACAGCAGGGCAUUGAGGGUCGUAACGAUGACGGCCAAGAGACGGAUCAGCAGUUUCAUAACCACAUACCUCUCGGCUUGCAGCCUCCGAUAAAUGAACCGCUGGACCAUUUCCGGUAG